AAAUUCCGAUUUCUGUAUUUCUCGAUUUUAUUUCUGUUUAUUUACAGCCCUGAACGAGCAGCUUCUCAUCGGUAACACUUCUGUAUUCAAGAACUUAUAUAUAAUUAUUAAUUACUGUGUGCUGUGGGCUUUCGUGCUGGCCGCYGCCAAGUGGCUCGUGCGGCCCAAGGAGAAGAGCGUGGCGGGGCAGGUGUGCCUCAUCACGGGCGCGGGCAGCGGCCUGGGCCGCCUCUUCGCCCUCGAGUUCGCCCGCCGCCGCGCGCUCCUCGUGCUCUGGGACAUCAACACGCGCAGCAACGAGGAGACGGCGGGCAUGGUGCGGCACAUCUACCGGCAGCUCGACGAGGCCGCGGCCGCGCCGCGAGCUGGGGAGGACGGGGAGAAGGAGGCGGCGCCGCAGGGCAGCUUGCAGGUCUACACGUACACCUGCGACGUGGGCAAGCGGGAGAACGUCUACACGACGGCCGAGCGCGUGCGCAAGGAGGUCGGCGAGGUCUCCGUGCUGGUGAACAACGCCGGCGUGGUCUCCGGCCACCACCUCCUCGAGUGCCCCGACGAGCUCAUCGAGAGGACCAUGAUGGUCAACUGCCACGCGCACUUCUGGACCACUAAAGCAUUUCUCCCCAAGAUGCUGGAAAUGAAUCAUGGACACAUCGUAACAGUUGCAAGUUCCCUGGGAUUGUUCAGUACUGCUGGAGUAGAGGAUUAUUGUGCCAGCAAAUUUGGAGCUGUAGGUUUCCAUGAAUCCUUGAGCCAUGAAUUGAAAGCUGCUGAAAAAGAUGGAAUCAAGACAACUUUAGUCUGUCCUUAUCUAGUAGAUACAGGAAUGUUCAGAGGCUGCAGGAUCAGAAAAGAAAUAGAGCCUUUCCUUCCACCUCUGAAGCCAGAGUACUGUGUGAAGCAGGCGAUGAGAGCAAUCCUCACAGACCAGCCGAUGAUCUGCACGCCUCGCCUCAUGUACAUGGUGACCUUCAUGAAGAGUAUUCUGCCAUUUGAAGCUGUGGUAUGCAUGUAUCGGUUUCUGGGAGCAGACAAGUGUAUGUACCCCUUCAUUGCCCAAAGGAAGCAGGCUACGAACAACAACGAAGCCAAAAAUGGAAUUUAACCCUGGUUUGGAUGGACUCACGCUGAUAGGGGGAACACGAUGAUGUUACGUGACUGAAUUGUGAAGUGCACUUGCAUCUAAUGGAUGCAAAUGUCACCCUCUUACUGUGGCAUUCGCUUGGAUCUUAAACCUGUGUAUCGAACUCUUAAAAAAAUCAUUUUUUUUUAUAUACUGUAAAUAAAACUGACUAGAGUACUUGGAGAAUGUGCUAGGUAAGCAGAGUGGAUUCAUGCUGUAGUGCCACCGUUGUCCUUUAGAAUAUGACUGUAUGUAUAGGAAGCUGCUCGUAGGGAUGCGCCGCGUGGUGUSUCCUGCUCAGCCUGCCCCGGAUGGAGGAGGUGUCUGCAACCACCAAGCACCGUGUUGCAGAAGCCAUUCCCUUUCCCUACGGAAUUGGGAAGCGGGGAGGGAGGGAAAUCGGGAUGCAGGCUACUGCUCGUGGCCUUUCAGCAAAUUCAAGGACAGAUUAGGAAUGCAUCUCUUAGCUCGGUAAGCCAAGCUCUAAAGGACACGUGGCCAAAUUGUGGUGUCAUUCUCUUCUGUAGCAAUUGUGUGUGCUCUAUUUAAACAGAGAUAAAAGGAAAAUUGUAAAUCUCUGCCAAUUCAAAGGCAAGCGAACGUCUCCGAGCAAAGUUGUGCUGGGCAUCUGGUUUUCUGGGAAUGCAGUCAGUGAUUUAAACUGACCUGUUUCCAAGUCGCUUGAUUAGAAGUAUGCUCUGUUCUGUUCCCCUCUCUGCUCGUCAGCCCUCUCUGCCCUCACGGGCUGCGUUUUGUUUCUUCCUCCCUAUUCCCGCUUCCGACAGUUCCCCCCCACCCCCCGAGGAAGCUGUUGCAUUAAAUGUCUGUAGCUGGACUUGUGCCUAAAAGACAGAGCAGCUCAGCUGAGAUGCAAACUUUUCUGUAAGUGCUUGGUCCUAUGCCAACAUUUAGCAAAGGAGAAAUAAAACAAGGCCUGAUGCAACUUUACAUGUGGAAUAUUGGAAGGGUGUAAAGACUUUCUGUUGAGUUCUACUUGCGUUGUAGAACAGCAAAUAACGUUUUUUUACAGUAUUUUUUGUAAAGCGAACAACUUUGUGCCUUGAAUUUGGUAACCUGUAUUAGUGAAACAUUGUAAAGGUGAACUU